AUGCCUACAGCAAACAAAACGUUCUGGCAGAAGCUGAGUGAUCAACACAACCACAAUGCUCCCGAUAUUCGUUCAACUGCUUCAAUAAUGCCGUCAGUAAAGAAAAGAGUUUAUUUUGAAGAUCAACCGUUCAUGGUUGAAAAUAUUACACCAGCUACUAAUGUUAGUUAUGAAGAGUGCUAUUCCGAACUGAAAUACGUUUGCAGAGGUAUAAAUCGGAACAAUUAUUCUAAAUUAUUAACAGGAAAACAAAUUUAUAAUUGCGAUUAUGACAUAAUUGGCGUUAUUCGAGACGAACUCACCUUAGAAUCAGCAUGUUGUUCAAAAUAUUGUAGUAUUUUUCAAAAUCAGUGUCGUCAAUGUAGUGAAUUGGAAAAACACCUAGUUUCAAUCAUGGAAAAUAGGCAUGAUAUAUUUGAAAUGCUAUUGAAAGGAAUUUUACCACAACCCAAGCAAUUAAUAUCAUUUCCAUUAUUGAUGUAUGAGUUAUUGUGUAAACUUGUGCCAUUUAUACCAGUCAGCCAAGAUGAACACAAACUUUUAACAGUGUUUAGAAAAGCUCAAACUUCAUACAAUGAAGCAUUGUCGACACAAUACAACAACAAACAAAUUACGAACAAUGAACACCGUGAUACACAAGCUUUGAAGGUUCCAAGGUCAAGCUUUACUCCAUUCUUAGAGACAUUUUUUGGAUCCUUUAUAUUCAAUCAGUUGCAAAAUUAUACAAAGAAUCCAUUUCAUCACAAAUAUUCAGAGGUUGAAAGAAGAUAUUGGGUUGUGAUGAAAUAUUAUUGUGGAAAACAAUUUUUCAUCAGAAUGGGAGGAGAGCGCAAUCAAAAUAUUGAACGGAAUAAUUUUAAUCAUUUAAAAUAUAAUCUAAUUAUACCAAGUUGGAAUACUGUUAAACAAUGGACACCUGCUGGUUGUUAUGGUAUGAUUCCCGACAUCACACUUACCCUAAAGAACAUGUUACUGCCUGACUCUUGUAAAGAUACAUGUAUCUCGUUUGAUGGAAUGAAAGUGUUUAAACAUUUUGAUGUUUUGGGAGAUCAAAUUGUUGGAAGUGAAAAAUAUUGUUACACUGUUGAAGACGUGAAACAAUUUGGUGUUAAACAUCUAAUAGACCAAAUGAUUUUAUUUUCUAUUAAUGCCAUCGAUAAUUCAUGGCAUUUACCGCUGGGUUGGUUUGGAGUUAGUUCUGAAACAGACGUACUUGAAUUUGUCACUAGCAAAAUACUUUAUUUCAAAGAGUUGCUCCAAGAAUCUGUAACAAUUGUGUGUGGAUGUUCUGAUGCAGAAAUUGAUGCACAUGCUGUGCAAACAAUUAUUAGAAAAAAACACAAAGACUUCAUUUUCGUCAAUGAUUACGUUCACAAUUUCAAAAAUCAACGAAAUGUAUUAUUUAAUGGAACAAUAUUGCACGAGAAAAUCUCAAUGCAGACCAUAAUUUAUUACAUGAUACAACAUAGGACAUUGUAUCGAUUACUCGACAGAGAAGAAGUUGAUCCUACGGAUAUUAUGAAUUUGAAAUCAUGUCUAAAUUUAACAGAACGACCUGUAUUGCAAGAAUUACGUAAAAUUGGCACUAUAGAGGCAAAUAGUGUUGCUGGUUACCUUGAAUUAAUUCGUGAUAUUUAUGACUGCAUUAAUGAUAACAGUCCGGAUAUAAUUGAUAUUUUGAGUGAAAGCAAAACAAUUUUCGAAAAAUUACCCAAUUAUCCCAAAAAAACGAAGAAAAUAUGUGUUCACACACUUGAAGGAUUUCUUGCAUUAGCGUCUCGGUUUCCAAAUUUCAAACCCAGUUGCAUUACAACAAAUUAUGAAGAGCUACUCUUUUCAAUAAUUCGAGGAAUGUUUCCCAAGCCAACAACCAAACAAUUUUGCCAAAGCGCACUAUUUUCAUUCUAUAUAUUUUUAAUAUUACAUUCCACUGACGAUGUUCGUGGGUUCUCACUCCCAGAUAUUCCAUUAACUGAUCAUUAUUUUGGUAUGAAAUUGGUUAUCAAGAUUUUACCAACUCUUCCUGGUCGAAUUGUACUUGAUAGAAAUGUCAAGAAAAAAACUUGCAAAGAAUUACAAAUUAUUAAUCAAAACGUAGCCACUUACUCAAGAAAAACUACGUUGAGGGCUGAAGUGUGUGCUCCUAAAUGUAUAUAUUUAUGCUGCCCUGUUUCUGGAUGUAAAAAACCCAACCCUCUGGAUUGUCAUAUUGUCAAUACAUCCUCAUCUCUUUGUACUUUCCUAAUUUGUUUUGAGUGGACAUGUCCUUCCCAUCAUCAAAAAGAAAUUGCAAACUCGCAUCAACCUAUUCUUCCUCUCCUCUAA